UGGGUUGUGUUGGGGAAAUCCGCACUUUCAUCUCUUCCAAACUGAACUUCCCCUCACAGUUUAGGCAGACAAGAUAAACCUUGUUCCUUCUCUUGCUUCUUGCACACCUACAUCCUGGCUUUGGGCUGAAUCAGGGUUCCCAAUCCAUCAUCCUUUACCCUGCCUGCCCUCCUGGAUGCCCUGCUUUCCCUAGCAAUGAAAUGGGGACUGAGGAGACUUUAAUAUUAUGGAGACCCAAAGGAUUGUGAACAGGAGAGUGACCUGACAGAUGUGUUACAAAUUUUAUUUUGGCUGACACGUGGGGUUUUCGCAUUUAAUAAACUGCAUCUCUGAAUAGUUCCAUCAAGUCUUGGGGAUUUACAGUAUUUCUUAAAAAAGUCUAGGACAGGAAUCAGCACAUUUUUCUGAAAAAAAAUUUUUUUGACGAAUAUUUAUCGAGCAUCUACCAUAUGGGUUAGGUAUAGUCUCAUCAGCUGGAGAUAUGAAUCAGAUGUGCAGGUUAACUUUGUUGGUGAAUACAGAUGUUGAAUAAGUCACAGCAAGCAUGAUGAGGGUUAAAAAAGGGGAUAUACGGGGUAUGUGGAAGCUAUAUUGGAAGGAGAGAGUCCACUUUGGAGGCUGUCAUGGUAAUCAUGGCAAAAGAUGAGGCUUGAAGCAGGGCAGUGGGCUGGGGAGAAAAGAAAGAAUGGACUUGGCCAUUAAUUAGAUCAUUAGAGGGUAAAGAAAAGGGGAGGAGUCUAAGUUCAGUUAAGGUUGGGUAGUGGUAAUAGCUAUACUUACUGAAUUGUGCAGAUGCUGUUCUGAGAAUGUUCCAUCAUUAUUUCACUUAUCACAGCAGCCCUGAGAGGUAGGUGCCAUUAUUAUCCCAAGGCCAUGUGCCAAUAACUAGCAGAGUCAGUAUUCAGACACCUUGCUGACUAUAAUUGCCCACUGGAACCAAGUCCUUUAGGGGACCUCUGGGGGUUAAGUGUCUACAGUGUGGUUGGAGAAACAAGACACAAAUUCAUGAAACAGAACAAUUUAGGACUGUGUGUGAUGUCACCCAGUGUUCACAAUAUCUCCCUGGCCAGUGACACCUGUCUAGGGAAAGGUCACAAGGAUGGAGGGCAGUUUGGAAUGCAGAAAGAUAAGCCCAAAUUAAGCAAUGGAAAGAGCAAGGUCUGAACCUAGGUUCUACUUGGUAGCUGUGUGACAUGGGCAAAUUGCUUAACCUCUCUGAGCUUCAGUUUCCCCAUCUCUAAAAAAAUUUAAAGGGUUGUUGUGGUAUUGAAGUGGAAUUAUAUGAGAUAAUGAGUAUGAAAAUGCCCAGCAACUAUUUGCAUCUGAAACCAUGGCAUAUGAAGAGUGAUUAAAAGAACAGUAUAUGUUCCAAACAAUAUCCUUAACCCUUCUCCCCUGAAACAGCUCUUAAGGGAUGAGUCACAUGUUUGACACGCUCCUAUGGUAGUACCUAGAUUUUGACACCUCCCCCCAAAAAAGGUUAAAUUUAUGUAAUGAAGAAAAGUACCAUGAUGAUUCAUAAUUGCCCAGCUAUUAACUUCUCAGUAUAUUCAUUCUAGACUGCCACGCCUGGGCUGUGACUUCACCCCUUUCUCUCCCACUUAGGAAAGCAGGUGAAUGAGAGUGAUGUUACUGCAUCUUUAAACUACUCAAAUUUACAUGAAAAACUGAACUCUUCUCAAACCUUGUUACUUUUUCUCACUGUUAGAGUUCUCUUGCAAUUUCAUACUUGACUGCAGCGUUUGUAGUUGAGAAGGGCUGGUUUGGAAGUCUCAGGGAGGUUGUGACAACCAAUUAUAAGGUCGGGGGCAGUCAGGGCACCUCAGGGCUCCUAGUAUCAGGAGCCUGGGCUGUCCCUUGUAGUUUCCCUCCUACCUCUCACACCGUAAUUCGUGGUCCCUAAUUAAACUCUCCACAAAUCUCUUUCCUCCUGGGACCCUGAUGAUACCUCAGAUGCUGUGGGUGUGGCAUCUCUGAGUGGUGGGAUUGGGCAGAUACAGAAAUGAGGAAGAGAAUGAGCACAGAGGUGGGGGACAGUGAGAGGACCUGACCUGUGGCCAGUGCCUCUGACACCAAGCCCUCUGACACCUUAUUUUAUCUAAUCUUCCCAAGAGGCCUGUGUGUCAGUUUGGGCACCAAGACAGGAUUAGAUGUGCAAGAAGUGUUUUAAGGGAAACCCCUGUGAGGGUGAAGAGGGAGCAGGAGUGUGCAGACCACAGUGCAGAUCUGAUACAUGUGAAAGGAGAGGGGGAGGGAGGGCUGAAGUGUGGCCUGGAAAAAUCUCAGCCAGGCUGAUAGGGAGGCCUCAGGCAGAGGUUGCGUAUUGGAGGAGGCCUGGGUCCUGUAGGGAAGAGCCAGCACUGAUACCCCCACCAAGCUGAGGCAUUGGCUGGGAGCCGCUCAGAGCCAGUGCAGCCUCACACAAAUGGCCAGGAGGACAGCUGCUGGUGCUGUCAGUCAACUGUGCUCCCUACACUGGGUUCUCUUCCCAGGGCUCUGAGUGAUGCUCCUCCCCGGCCACCACAGCCCUGACUUACAGCUGGAGCAUCAAAGCUCCAGGAGGCCACCAGGCAGCAGAGCCAGCUCUGAGCCGUGGUCUGAGUCUCAGGAUACUAACCCUUGCUCCUCUAGGUAUCGGAAACUUGCCCUUAAGAACCACCCAUUUAAGUCCAUUGAGCCAUCCUCGGCAGAGACAUUCAGGCAAAUAGCAGAGGCCUACGAUGUGCUGAGCGACCCGGUGAAAAGAGGCAUCUAUGACAAGUUCGGAGAGGAGGGCCUGAAGGGCGGGAUUCCUCUGGAGUUUGGAUCACAGACCCCAUGGACAACUGGUUACGUCUUCCAUGGCAACCCUGAAAAGGUUUUCCAUGAGUUCUUCGGGGGAGAUAACCCCUUUAAUGAGUUUUUUGAUACAGAAAGAAAUGAGGUGGAUUUGAACUUCGGGGGGCUCCGGGGCCGAGGGGUCAAGAAACAGGACCCCCCAAUUGAACGAGACCUCUACCUGUCCCUGGAGGACUUAUUCUUUGGCUGCACCAAGAAAAUUAAGAUCUCUCGAAGGGUGCUGAACGAGGAUGGGUACUCCUCUAUCAUCAAGGACAAGAUCCUCACAAUUGAUGUGAAGCCUGGUUGGAGGCAGGGCACACGUAUCACCUUCGAGAAGGAAGGGGACCAGGGUCCCAACAUCAUCCCAGCGGACAUCAUCUUCAUCGUAAAGGAGAAGCUACACCCUCGCUUCCGCAGGGAGAAUGACAACCUCUUUUUUGUGUACUCCAUCCCCUUGGGCAAGGCUCUGACCUGCUGCACCGUGGAGGUGAAGACCCUAGAUGACCGUCUGCUCAACAUCCCUAUCAAUGACAUCGUCCAUCCCAAGUACUUCAAGAAGGUGCCAGGUGAGGGGAUGCCAUUGCCAGAGGACCCCACCAAGAAGGGGGACCUCUUCAUCUUCUUUGACAUCCAGUUCCCCACCCACCUCACACCACAGAAGAAGCAGCUGCUGCGCCAGGCAUUGCUGACAUAGUUCUGGUGGGCUGGGAGCUGGAGGAGGAAGAGGAGGCUAGCUGGGCCUUACCCUACCUGAACCCCCACAGCUUCAGGGUGGGCGGGGGGCCAGCCCACUGUACAGACAUGUGAGGAUGGGAUGACAUGGGACUUUUAAACUGACACAAUAAAGUUUUAUUCCCUAUCCUCCA